AUGGAUGUAGAGCUUGAUGUUAUAAAAGUUAACAACACUUGGGUGAUAAUGACUUUGCCACCCAACAAAAUCAUUAUUGGUUGUCGAUGGAUAUUCAAAAUACAGUACAACUCUGAUGGCUUUAUUGAUCGUUAUAAAGCCCGCCUUGUUGCCAAAGACCAUAACCAGCUUGAAGGAUUACAUUUUCUGGACACCUUCUCACUGGUUGCCAAACUCACCACUGUUCGUCUCCUUCUUGCCAUUGCUUCCUCUCAGUGUUGGUCUCUUAAACAAUUGAAUGUCAGUAAUGCUUUCUUACAAAAUGAACUUCAUGAAGAUGUCUAUACUAAAGUUUCACAUGGCCUCAAACCAUCCUCCCCAAAUCAGGUCUGCAAACUACAACACUCAUUAUAUGACCUCAAGAAAGCUGGACGACAAUGA